GCGGCGGGGAAGGGGGCGUGCUCCGCGGUCCGCUGCUGCCCGGAGGCCAAGACCCGCGCCGGGCGGACCUCGUGCCUCGGGCUCCCCCGCGCGCUCCGGCACGCUCAGCCAGCGACCCCGGUUCUGUGCACCGCCCCCUCCGAGAGUCCACGCGCGACAAGCCCGCCAUGAGUCCAGGCCCGGGUGCCGGCGGCCACGCGCGGAAGAGCGGCGCUGGGGGCGCGGGCGGCGCGGGGCUCCCCGCGACGGCAGCCGGGGCCUGGGCGGUGAGCGCGCUGUGCCUGCUGCUCUCCGCGGGCUCGGCCGUCGCCUGCCUGCUGCUGGGCGUGCAGGCGGCCGCGCUGCAGGGCCGGGUGGCGGCGCUCGAGGAGGAGCGGGAACUGCUGUGGCGCGCGGGGUCGCCGGACACCCUGGCCGCCUGGGCCGAGCCGCAACUGGAGCGCCUGCUGCGCGAGAAGUUGGAGGGACCCGUCAAGCUCCGGACAGUUCGAGAAGCACCGAUGGACUGUGUCUGUCCCCCAGGGCCCCCUGGACGGCGUGGCAAGCCUGGAAGAAGAGGCGAUCCCGGUCCUCCCGGGCAAUCAGGACGAGAUGGCUACCCGGGGCCACUGGGUCUGGAUGGCAAGCCCGGACUUCCAGGCCCCAAAGGGGAAAAGGGUGCGCCAGGAGAUUUUGGCCCCCGGGGGGAUCAAGGGCAAGAUGGAGCUGCUGGGCCUCCAGGGCCCCCGGGACCUCCUGGGGCCCGGGGCCCCCCUGGCGACACUGGGAAAGAUGGCCCCAAGGGAGCAGCAGGCCCAGCGGGUCCCAGAGGAGAAGCUGGACAAGAUGGCGAGACGGGCCCAAGUGGACCCCCAGGGCCCAAGGGGGAUGACGGGACGCCAGGCCAGCCAGGGCUCCCUGGACCCCCCGGGCUCAAGGGGGAACCCGGCCAGCCAGGUGCCGACGGAGCUGCAGGGCCUCGGGGUCCCCCAGGCCUCAAGGGCGAGCAAGGAGACACCGUGGUAAUUGACUACGAUGGCAGGAUCUUGGAUGCCCUUAAGGGUCCCCCUGGGCCACAGGGGCCCCCAGGGCCACCAGGGAUCCCCGGAGCCAAGGGCGAACUCGGACUGCCUGGUGCUCCAGGAAUCGACGGAGAGAAGGGUCCCAAAGGACAGAAAGGAGACUCAGGAGAAGCUGGGCCGAUGGGACCCAAAGGGGAAGCAGGAGAGAUGGGCCUGUCGGGCCUCCCGGGUGCCGAUGGCCCCAAGGGGGAGAAGGGAGAGCCGGCAUCUGACGACCUACAGGAGAGCCUGGCCCAGAUCAUAGCGGAACCAGGGCCCCCAGGCCCCCCUGGUCCCCCAGGCCCCAUGGGCCUUCAGGGAAUCCAGGGUCCCAAGGGCUUGGAUGGAGCAAAGGGAGAGAAAGGCACGUCGGGUGAGAGAGGACCCAGCGGCCUGCCCGGGCCAGCUGGCCCACCAGGCCUUAUUGGGCUGCCAGGAAACAAAGGAGAGAAGGGCAGACCUGGGGAGCCAGGACUAGAUGGUUUCCCUGGACCUCAAGGAGAGAAAGGCGACCGGAGCGAGCGUGGAGAGAAGGGGGAGCGCGGUGUCCCUGGUCGGAAAGGGAUGAAAGGCCAGAAGGGCGAGCCAGGACCCCCAGGCCUGGACCAGCCGUGUCCUGUGGGCCCUGAUGGGCUGCCUGUGCCCGGCUGCUGGCAUAAGUGACCCUGAGCACACAGCUCACAACCUGUACAGUUCCGUGUGGACAUUCUUAAUUUUUGUAAAAACAAAGCAGUAAUAUAUUGAUCUUUUUUCACGGGAUGCACCACCAUACCUGUGGCCUUUUACCAUUUGAGAGUGUGCCCAGCUCAGCCCAGGAACCAUCAGCAUGUGAAGCUGGCAGUAAAGUGGA